AUGGCAGCGAAAUCCGAUGGUCGCGGGGUCGUCACCGGUUUCGCCCAGCUGCACAACCUGGACGAGGUGGUGGGGACGGGAGAGGACGACAAUCGGGACGGCAGCUCAUUCCACAUCUGCCACUGCUGCAACACCUCGUCGUGCUACUGGGGCUGCCGGAGCGCCUGCCUGCAUUACCUCCGGGGGAAGGGGAAGGGGAAGAGGGGAGAUGCGGCGCGGCCACCGCAGGAGGAGCGCCUCUGGCUGGACUGCCUGUGGAUCAUCCUGGCAAUGCUGGUCUUUUUCUGGGACGUGGGGACCGAUUUGUGGCUGUCCAUCGACUAUUACCACAAGCAGGACUUCCUGUGGUCCGGCCUGACCCUGUUCUUCGUGUUGGUGCCCUCGGUACUGGUCCAGAUCCUGAGCUUCAGGUGGUUUGUGCAGGAUUUCACUGGGGGCGGACUGGGCUCCGUGGAGGGGCUGAGCAGUCGAAGAGCCACGGUCGGUCUGCAGAGAGACAGGUGCUGCCGCCUCUCUGUCUGGGUCUGGCAGACCAUCAUUCACAUCUUUCAGUUGGGACAAGUGUGGAGGUACAUCCGCACAAUGUAUCUCGGUAUACAAAGUCACCGGCAGAAGGAGAACCAGAGGCGCUUCUACUGGGCCAUGAUGUACGAGUAUGCCGAUGUCAACAUGCUGCGACUGCUGGAGACCUUCUUAGAAAGUGCCCCUCAGCUGGUGCUGCAGCUCUGCAUCAUGAUCCAGAGCAACAAGGCUGAGUGGCUGCAGUGUGUUUCUGCCAUGUCCUCCCUCUUGUCCCUGGCCUGGGUGCUAGCAUCUUACCACAAGCUCCUGCGUGAUUCACGUGACGACAAGAAGAGCAUGAGCUACCGGGGUGCUCUGGUGCAUCUGUUCUGGCGCCUUUUUACCAUCUCCUCACGGGUGCUCUCCCUUGCCCUAUUUGCCUCUGUUUUCCACAUCUACUUUGGCAUUUUUGUGGUGCUCCAUUGGUGUGCCAUGGCUUUCUGGGUCAUCCAUGGCGGCACCGACUUCUGCAUGUCCAAGUGGGAGGAGGUACUCUUCAACAUGGUGGUGGGCGUGGUCUACGUCUUCUGUUGGUUCAAUGUACGUGAGGGCCGGACGCGGUACAGAAUGGUGGCCUAUUACACAGUAGUACUGUUAGAGAACGCCAUCCUCAGCUCCCUUUGGUAUGCGUACCGUGACCCAGCUACCACUGACGCCUAUGCCUCUUUUGCCCUCUGUGGCGUCUUCCUGUGCUUUGCCUCAGGUGUGGCCUGUAUGGUUCUCUACUACGGGGUCCUGCACCCCAUGGGCCCCCGGCUGAGGGUGCUGGCCAGCUCCUGCUGCGCUGAGCUGCUGUGGGGCCUUCCCUUACCCCCCGAGGCUGAGCCCAUGGCUCCCACUCCGGGCCCUCGUGGCUCUCAAGCCACACCCACAAGGGGUCUGGCAGGGGAGUAUGUGGAGUCGGAUGAAACAGCCACAGACACCUGCCUUCCGGUUUUCCAGGUGAGGUCCACAGAGCCCGUGGAUGCAGCUGGCAGGCCCAUCCGGCCUGAGGGUCCUCUCAUCAAGAUAGACAUGCCCAGAAAACGCUACCCGGCCUGGGAUGCACACUUUGUGGAUCGGCGCCUGCGCAGGACCAUAAACGUGCUGCAGUACGUUAGCCCUAACGCGGUGGGCAUCAGGUAUAGGGACGGUCCGCUUCUUUAUGAACUCCUGCAGUACGAGUCCUCCCUCUGAGGGGAUCUUCUCCUCAGCUCUGUCACCUCCUCUAUCACACAACAAUGCACAUGCCUUUCCUUUUCUUUCAUUCUGCUCUUCUUCCUCUCCAGAUAUUAUCUCUGUCCAUUUGACACUUGGCUCUCUCCUUCUCUCUUCUCUGAUCA